CCCGCUGCGGGGAGACGCCAGCACUGCGCAGGCUCCACGCUGCAGUGGGUGUGACCAGCGGAGGUCCCGCCUCCUCUUCCCUCCUGCCCCUACUCAGCUGCUUCGCCAGAAGCUGGGGCCCCACCGAGGCAGCAGGCGCUGUCCGGUCUCCAGCCCCCGACACACCCACCGUGCUGCCCCCGUUCCGCCGUCCCCAGCUGCCCGGCAGUAUGAAGCCUAAACUGAUGUACCAGGAGCUGAAGGUCCCCGUGGAGGAGCCUGCUGGAGAGCUGCCCGUGAAUGAAAUCGAGGCGUGGAAGGCCGCGGAGAAGAAGGCCCGCUGGGUCCUCCUGGUCCUUAUCCUGGCGGUGGUGGGCUUCGGUGCCCUGAUGACUCAGCUGUUUCUAUGGGAAUACGGGGACUUGCAUCUAUUUGGACCCAACCAGCGCCCAGCCCCCUGCUAUGACCCCUGCGAGGCAGUGCUGGUGGAGAGCAUUCCUGAGGGUAUGGAGUUCCCCAAUGCCAGCAUAAGCAACCCCUCCACCAGCCAGGCCUGGUUGGGCCUCCUUGCCGGCGCUCACAGCAGCCUGGAUAUUGCCUCCUUCUACUGGACGCUCACCAACAAUGACACCCACACCCAGGAGCCCUCUGCCCAGCAGGGUGAAGACAUUCUUCAGCAGCUCCAGGCUCUGACACCCCGAGGCGUAAAGGUUCGCAUUGCCGUGAGCAAACCCAAUGGACCUCUGGCUGAUCUGCAGUCUCUGCUCCAGAGUGGUGCCCAGGUCCGAAUGGUGGACAUGCAAAAGCUGACCCACGGGGUCCUGCACACCAAGAUCUGGGUGGUGGACCAGACUCACUUCUACCUGGGCAGUGCCAACAUGGACUGGCGCUCGCUGACGCAGGUCAAGGAGCUGGGAGUGGUCAUGUACAACUGCAGCUGCCUCGCUCGAGACCUGACCAAGAUUUUUGAGGCCUAUUGGUUCCUGGGCCAGGAAGGGAGCUCCAUCCCGUCAAGCUGGCCACGGCCCUUCGACACCCGCUACAAUCAAGAGACGCCAAUGGAAAUCUGCCUUAAUGGCACACCGGCUCUGGCCUACCUGGCGAGCGCACCCCCUCCACUGUGUCCGAGUGGCCGCACCCCAGACCUGAAGGCCCUGCUCAGCGUGGUGGACGGUGCCCGAGGCUUCAUCUACAUUGCCGUCAUGAACUACCUGCCUGCCAUGGAGUUCUCCCACCCACGCAGGUUCUGGCCAGCCAUUGAUGACGGGCUGCGACGGGCUGCUUACGAACGGGGCGUCAAAGUGCGCUUGCUCAUCAGCUGCUGGGGCCACUCCGAUCCGUCCAUGCGGUCCUUCCUGCUCUCGCUGGCUGCCCUUCGUGACAACCAUUCCCACUCUGACAUCCAGGUGAAACUGUUCGUGGUCCCAGCGGACGAGGCCCAGGCUCGAAUCCCCUACGCCCGCGUCAACCACAACAAGUACAUGGUGACCGAACGUGCUGCGUACAUUGGAACCUCCAACUGGUCUGGGAACUACUUCACAGAGACAGCAGGCACCUCCCUGCUGGUGACACAGAAUGGGCACGGUGGUUUGCGCAGCCAGCUGGAGGCUGUUUUCCUGAGAGACUGGGAGUCCCCUUACAGCCACAACCUGGACACCUCAGCUGAUAGUGUGGGCAAUGCCUGUCGCCUGCUCUGAGUCCCAGCCAUAUGGACAGGCCAAAGCCUUCCAGGCCCCCUUGGACUCUGCUCUGGGUCCUGGUUGCUGUCCCCACGCCCUUGCUUCUGUCUGCCCCACUGUGGCCCCACACUCUGCACUAUGCCCCUGUCGCUACCUCUGCCUCCAUGGCCUGACACGCUGGCCCCUGUGGACCUAGCAGAGCUGGGGGAGGAUUGGGCCCCAAAGAAGUGGGGGUGCAUGCUGGGCCCGGACCUUUGGCCCACCCCCCAAAAGGGCCAAGAUUAUAAUAAGUAAAUAAUUGUCUUUA